ACAGGUGGAGCUUUGGGCGCCUUGCUCCUAACGGCAUGGCCCUGCCUUGCAGGGUUGUUGUGUCUGCCCCGCUGAAGACCUGAAGGCUGCUUUCUCGUCAUUAUGAGCGAGUUUCGGAUUCAUCACGACGUGAACGAGCUUCUCAGCCUGCUGCGAGUGCGGGGCAGCGGCGAAGGGGCGGAGGUCUACAUCGACCUGCUCCAGAAGAACCGCGCCCCUUAUCUCACCACCACCGCCUCAGCCCUCGGAGCCAAGGUUAAAAUUGCAGAGUUUUCACGGACUCCAGAAGAUUUCUUAAACAAAUAUGAUGAACUGAAAUCGAAGAACACAAGACAUCUUGACUCACUUGUGUGUUUGCUGUCCAAGCUUACAGAAGACAAAGAGACUUUACAAUACUUACAACAGAAUGCAAAGGAAAGGGCAGAACUUGCAGCAAGUGCAGCAGCCAGUAACAGUGGUAGCAGCAGCCUCACUUUCUCUGUCCCCUCAACAACUUCCAAAAUGACUGUUCAAGAACUGGAGGAGUUACGGAAACAAUUGGGCACUGUGACAACUGGCUCCAGCUCACAGCAGCCUCUUGAACUUAUACGAAAAGCACUCCGAGAAAAGCAGAACAAGAAAAAUUCUGGCGAGCCUAUCCCGUCAUUCCCUUCCUGGGUGUAUGAGAGACCGGCUCUUAUUGGAGACUUUCUCUCUGGCUCUAGUUUAAGUACAGAUACAACUGUGCCAAUAGGUACAUUACCAUUGGCAGCCCAAGAGUCUGCAGUUGUAGAAGACCUGCUGUAUGUUUUGAUAGGUGUGGAUGGCAGAUACAUCACAGCACAACCCCUUGUUGGUAGAGAGACUCGUACUUUUCUAGUGGAUCCCAAUCUAGAUAUGUCUGUUAAGGAAUUGGUCACUAGAAUCCUCCCUGUUGCUGCAAGUUACUCCAUAAUAUCCAGGUUUGUAGAAGAGAAAUCUUCCUUUGAAUAUGGACAAGUAAAUCAUGCAUUGGCAGCAGCAAUGAGGACCCUCAUUAAAGAGUACAUGAUCCUGAUAACCCAACUGGAACAUCUCCAGCGCCAAGGACUCCUCUCACUGCAGAAGCUUUGGUUUUAUAUUCAGCCCACAAUGAGGACCAUGGAAAUCUUGGCUUCUCUUGCUACUUCGAUAGACAAGGGCGAGUCCAUGGGAGGUUCAACCCUCAGCCUGCUCCAUGACAAAACAUUCAAUUACACAGGGGACAGCCAAGCCCAGGAGCUGUGCCUCUAUUUAACCAAAGCUGCCAGUGUUCCAUACUUUGAGAUAUUGGAGAAGUGGAUCUACAGAGGCAUUAUCAACGAUCCUUAUAGUGAAUUCAUGGUGGAGGAACAUGAACUCCAAAAGGAAAAGAUCCAGGAGGACUAUAAUGAUAAGUACUGGGAUCAAAGAUACACCAUUGUCCAGCAACAGAUUCCCUCCUUCCUGCAAAAGGUUGCUGAUAAAAUACUUAGCACAGGGAAAUACUUAAAUGUGGUCCGGGAAUGUGGCCAUGAUGUUACUUGCCCAGUGGCAAAGGAGGUUGUUUAUACCUUGAAGGAGCGUGAAUAUGUGGAACAGAUAGAGAAGGCCUAUAAUUAUGCCAGCAAAGUCUUGCUUGAUUUCUUGAUAGAUGAAAAGGAACUUGUGGCUCACUUAAGGUCCAUCAAGCACUACUUUCUUAUGGACCAAGGUGACUUUUAUGUCCAUUUCAUGGAUUUGACAGAAGAGGAGUUGAAAAAACCAGUAGAUGAUAUCAUUCCGACUAGAUUGGAAGCUCUUCUGGAAUUAGCAUUACGUAUGAGCACAGCUAACACUGACCCGUUUAAAGAUGAUUUAAAGAUUGACUUGAUGCCACAUGAUCUCAUAACACAGCUCCUGCGAGUUCUGGCCAUUGAGACAAAGCAGGAAAAGGCCAUAAUCAAUGCUGAUCCAACAGAGCUCUCACUAAGUGGCCUGGAAGCAUUUUCUUUUGAUUACAUUGUGAAAUGGCCAUUGUCUCUCAUCAUCAACAGAAAAGCCUUAACACGGUACCAGAUGCUCUUCAGACACAUGUUUUACUGUAAACAUGUGGAGCGGCAGCUGUGCAAUGUCUGGAUCAGCAGCAAAACAGCUAAGCAGUGUUCCCUACAUUCAUCAAAAUGGUUUGCGGGUGCUUUUACUCUGCGUCAGCGGAUGCUCAAUUUUGUGCAGAAUAUCCAAUACUAUAUGAUGUUUGAAGUGAUGGAACCCACAUGGCAUAUUUUGGAGAAGAAUCUGAAGUUGGCCUCCAAUAUUGAUGACGUCUUGAGCCACCACACGAGCUUCUUGGAUAAUUGCUUGAAGGAUUGCAUGCUUACCAAUCCAGAGUUACUAAAGAUUUUUUCCAAGCUGAUGUCUGUGUGUGUUAUGUUCACCAAUUGCAUGCAGAGAUUUUCCCACAGCAUGAAGCUAGAUAAUGAAAUGGACCGCCUCACUGUAGAGCAUGGGACUAUGAGAGGCCCACCCACCAAACAGGAAAGAGUAGAAGAAUCCGCAAAGAAGCAGCUUGCUAAUAAGUUUUUAGCAGAGCAGGCAGACUCCUUGCAUGUAAGUUCUGGCUUUGAAGCAACAAUAAACAAGUUUGACAGCAAUUUCUCUGCACAUCUGCUGGACCUCCUGGACAAACUGAGCAUUUACAGCACCAAUGAAUGUGAACACAGCAUGAUCAAUAUCAUCUACAGAUUGGACUUCAACGGUUUCUACACAGAACGACUGGAGCAUAUGUCUGCAGAAAGGAGCCAGAAAACUGUUUUGCAAGUUGCUCCUCCUCCCAGGGUUGCUGUCCCCACUCAGUGAAAGGCCUGGUUUUUGGGAAAGUACUUUUCCCAAAGAAAAGUGGGAAGAGUUAGGGGCCAAGUCGAGAACAACAUGGCUCCAUCAACAUUUAUGCCACACAAAAAUUGGUUUCAUCAACACUUACGUCGCACAAAGGUUGAGGAACAGCAGUGGAAGUAUAAAAUACAAACUCUAGCAACAAUAGUGUAUAUAAAGGAUUGUGACUCUGAAUGCUUCUAUAUUUUUAAAUCCAAGCAUUUAAAUUCAAAAUUUUCUGUACUGUAAGUAAAAACUAGUGUUUCUAAGUGGUAUCUUUGUUCUUUAAAAAUGUACUUUUAUAUGUUUAAGUCCUAAUUGUGUCAGUGACUGCUCAAUUCAGUCAAGAAAUAAGAUGCCAACUAUUUUGAGCAGAUAUUAACAAUUUGGAGUAGAAUCAGUAAUAUUACAUGAACUUUCAUGGACAUUGUUCACUGCUACUAGCCAACUCAUUUUAGUAUUUGCACUUUUGCCAAGAUCUUAACCAUCUUCUGUUGUGUACACUCCAUUCAGAUAAAGUUUCAUUAAAUGUAAUCAAUUUCAUCUGCAGUCUGGGUUGUAUAAACCUAUGUGCAGGUGCAUGGGAAAAUCAAUGAACAAGAGUCUGAUGAGGGAAUUCUGUGCAUUGGGAAUAGCAGCAGAGGAAGCAGGAGUUUAGAUCUAUUAGGCACAUUGGGAAGUAUUGUUGGAACAUAGCCACCAAUGCCACUGUGAAACGAAAUCAUUUUGAAGUCCUGAAUUUCACAUUGACGGAUACCAGAGGAAUUCUGGAGGGAAAAAAAUCAAGUUGCAAAGGUGGAAUUUGAAAAAAGACUGCCAAAGAUAAAGGAAUAGAAAGAAAGCAAACUAGAUGUCAGAACAGAGAUGGAAACGAAGAAAAGGGGCAAAGCUAAGAAAGAUUCAGCAGGGAAGAUCUUCAAAAUGAACUUAACAGUUAUUUCAAAAAGCCUUUGGAAGAUACAGUAAGUAGUAUUGCAACAAUAUCUGUAAAAUCGCAAGACAUGGAGAGUUCCAAAAGAUCUCUGAACUUGGAAGGUUGCUGCCUUGAAUUGAUAUGCUAAAAAACAUCCAUUGUCAGGUAGUAACUGAUUCCAAGAAAAUGAAACAAGGAUGGAAGAAAUUACUGAAAUUUUGUACCUUAAAAAUGUCAUUAUCCAAGAUUCCUUAGACACAUUCCAUACUUUCAGGAAACUUUCCAUACUUUCAACAAAUUAGUAUUAGAUGAUGAAAUCAGAGCAGCGCUCAAGAACUACAAGAACUGAUAGACUAUCUACAGAAACAUGGCAAACAAUAAAAGAAUUGUAAAAGUUCUAACCAGAUUAUCACACAAAAUCUGAAGAAUGACACCAUGGCCAGUAGUUUGGAAGAGUUCAAUACAUGUACCAAUGCCAAAUAACUUAACAGAAUAUGCAGACUAUCAUGAUGUAUCCCAUAUACAAGCAAAAUAAUGCUUAGGAUCAUCCAAUCUAGAUUAAAAUUCUAGAAGGAAAGGAAAAUGCCAGACUGAUUUAGGAAAAAAAAGGAUAAGAUACAUCAUUGCUGGUGCAUAUUGAAUAAUUAAGAAAACCAAAUACAAAAAGAAGUCAGUAUCUGCUUCACAGUUGUAAAAAGGCUUUCAAUAGUUUGAAGUUGUAUCAAUGUUCUGAUGAAAAUGGAAAUCCCAGAAUAUUUCAUAUAAAACAUAUAUAUAGACUAUCCAGAAGUGACAAUUUGGAGAAAACUUUUCAAAACUGACUGACCCCAGGACAAGAAAGGACUACGGGUGGCUGUUUAGUCUCCUAUUUAUUCAACCUAUAUCUUGAAUAUGAAUCAAGACACUGAAGCUUGGUUAGAAAAAUUAUGUGCAUAGUUUUAAAACGGAAGAACCUUGCAUUAUUAUGCUGAUAUUAAUCAGAUAAGUGAAAACUCCCAGGAUCUGUAAGCUCAAAGCCAAGCAGCAAAAUGGGGGAUGGGGGGGUGAAUUAAGAUCAAAUAUAAAGAUGACCUCGCUAAUGGCAGCGAGUAAAGUAAUGAGCCUCAGGAUUAACAAGAUAACGAAGUGAUCGAUAGCUUCCACCUUUUUGGAUCUACUACUGUGGCAAAAAUUAAAGGAAACUGCAGCAAAGAAACAUUCCACAGAUUAGCACUUGGUAACAGUGGAAACCCCACAGAAGAUAUUCGGGGGCUGUGAUGUUUGUUCCUGUACAGAUCAGAAUUAUGCAUGCAGUAGUUUUCCCUAUGACACUUUAUAGAAGCAAAAGUUGGAGUUCGAAAAAGCAGCAUAGAAAAAGUAUUGAUACUUUUGAACUUUGGUGUUGGACAAGAGCCUAACAAUGCCAUGAAUGGUCAAGAAACCAAAUGGAUGAGCCACAGAAAAAAAAAUCAGUCUGUAAGUUUUUACCCAAGACACAAAUGUGGUACUAGGUUGAAAUUAUUUAUUGGACACAGGCCUCUCUUGCAGUCUAUAAUGGGAAUAAUGGAAGGAAAAAUAAGAAAACAACUAGCAGCAAGGUAUAUGACUUCAAUUAUAGUGAUGUAAUUGGAUGCACUGAUGGUAGUGCUGAAGAGAGAAAAAGUUGGGGAUAGAUCAUCCUUGAGAAUGUUGCUCGAGUAUUCACUAAAAGUCAACUCUAACUUGAUGUCACAAUCGUUAUAGAUUUUAAUAAAGUUGUCUUGGUUUCUGAAUUUUAAAGGGAUUUCUAUUUUAGUUUUCUUUUUAAACACUUAAGAUUGGAAGACAGAAAAUUCUAACGUUACUGAGUUGCUGUUUCAUCCUAUAUCUCCCAAUAAACACUAGACCAUUUUAGCAAAGUGACUGUUUUCUGAGGUUUUUUAGCAACAACUUGUCCAUAAUAUAAACAACUGAAUCCACCAUACACAUUCUUAGAAAAGGUUAUGAAAAUAGCUUUAUUUUCCCUAUUCCAAAUACCAACAUUUUGCAUAUAUAUAUAUAUAUAUAUAUAUUUGAAAUACAAGACUUUUUUUAAAAAAAAAGUCUGAAAUACUUUCCAGUCAUGAGAUGCAUCUCCUUCAGACACAUUUGUAAAUUCCAAAGCAAAGUUUUCACAGCAAGAACACAAUUGAGUUGGAGCCA